GUAUGUCUCGUGCGGAAAAACAAUCUUUAUUGCCAUCCAAAACCCAAAGACACAAUAAUGACCAACAACCUUUCCUCCCCCGAAGAACGUUCAGCACCCUCCCGGAAGUGCGUCAAGUGGGAAGAGUGAAAAACCUUUCGUUAUUCUUUGCGGUUUUGUGCAUCAUUGACCUGUUUGGAGUGUUCCCGAUCAUGUCGUUACCUGGUCCGAUAAUUCAGUGUGGAAUCUAUGGAAUUCCUUUGGUCCUUAUGUUUGCCAUUGUUCAAAUCUACACUGCGACCCUCUUGGGACGAUGUUGGAUUAUCGCAGAGAGGCUGGAUCCGUCGAUCGUCAAGAAGAGCAGAUAUCCUUAUGCAGCCAUUGCUGAAAUGACUUAUGGGAAGUACAUGAGUAUCCUUGUUACAAUUCUACUGGAUCUAACUAUUUUUGGAGCGGGCAUCCCUAACUUGUUGGUUGCCUCGGAGAACCUACAGCUUUUAAGCCAGCAAGUGAGCGAUGGGAAGGUCAACAUAUCGUUCUGCUACUUGCUAAUCGUCAUCGGGUUCUGUUUGUGUCCUUUGAUGUGGUUAGGAAGCCCGAAAAAUAUCAAAAACGUUGCCAUAAUUUCGGUCUUCACAGUGAGUAUUACGGCUAUCCUUCUUUGGUACUGCAUUGGCGUUGUCCCCAUGCAUAGGAAUAGGCGGAGAAAUGAGAUUAUCAAAACGGAAUUCCCCACAACGAGGGAAAUCCUCACAGCGUAUGGAAUAAUGGCCUUCCAGUUCGACAUUCACCCAAUGCUCCUUACAAUUCAAGUUGAUAUGCAAAGGAAGUGCCAAAUAGGAAGAGCUGUAUGCUAUGGAGUCAUAGCAACAUUAUCAAUGGCCACAAUCAGUGCUGGACUAUGCGCUUAUAAGUUCGGAGCAAGGGUUCCAACUAACAUACUCGACGCUCUCCCAAAAAGCGGAAUACUUUAUGCCGUGAUACUCCUAGUCACCAUCCAGCUAUGUCUGUCGAGUGCUGUUGGAACCAAUGCGCUCUUUCAGCAUAUCGAGAGUAUGUUAGGAGUAUCGAGAGACUUUACCGCCAAGCGUUGCAUCAUCCGAUCAUUCUUAAUCGCAAUCGAAGUCCUUAUUGGCGAACUUUUGCCAAGGUUCGACGUCAUCAUGGGACUAAUCGGCGGGACGCUCACAGGACCUUUAAUUUUCAUCCUGCCACCACUGUUUUACUCAAAAAUGAGUAAACUAGAAAGGAAGCGGAAUUUCGAGGUUCAACAACGAAUAAUCUACGAACGUCGUCCAAUUUAUGAUGAUGAGAUUGAACUAUCCCAGGAUACGUUUGGACGACAGUUUGAGCUACCACGAUCCGAGGACACUGUUAUAAUUCGAACUUCAUUUGUAUGGAAAAUGGGUCGAAGAAUUCGACGGUUCUUGCGGAUCUUAUAUAGUGAUUGCUUGCUAUCGAUUCUUGUGUUGUCUUUGGGAUUGGGUGCGACUAUUUCGUCCACGUACUUUAACUACUUCAAAAUUGAUGAGGUAGUGGCAGGUUGGUCCCCGUGUUUUGCUAAUCUGAGUAUAUCUAUAAAAGGACUUUGA